AUGAGAAGUGGUGUCGGUCGGUUGUUUCCGGGCUGCCGAUGGCUCAUCCCAUUGUGCUGGCACUGGUCAGCUCAGCGGCGUCGGUUUCCGUGUUUGCAGCAAGCAGCUGCUGCUGCGGGAGCUGUUCGCAGUUGUCGUUUGUUUCAGCGAAUAGCGGUACGAGGAGAGCCGGGAGCGACAAGUGGUUGUUUGUCCGUCGGGCGCGACGGCUGCUGUUGCUUCUCGAAGAAACUUGCUCAAUUUGCUUCUGGUCACCUCACUCUGGUAACGUUUUGA